CCGGAGGAUAACUACCCGGAAUCCUCGGAACCGUACGUAAAAUACAAUGCUGUUUUCACAAGAUAAGCUAAGAUGGCGAAGGUAGAAGCUGGGUCAGAAAGUAAAAGAAUUACAAUAUCACAGUUGCCAUUAUACAGUAACCCUGAACCAAAGAAGUAUGAGGACGUCAGUAGUACUGGUACACUCAGAACGACAUUGAAGGGGUAUGUGUCGCCUGUCACCCGUGCCCUUCUACCAGGGCUGACAUAUGUCAAGGCUGGGACAGAACGUGCAAAAGAAAUUGGGCAGACAGGCUAUGCACACACAAUGACUUCAGUCCAGGUGAUCCAAAACGACCCGUAUGGUCCGGCAUCUGUCGGAGGUGGUGCUGUCUGUGGAAUCCUUCUUGGUAUCAGAGGAGGGAAAAUAAUGAAAUCAUUGCUGUCGGUUAGUGGAGCUGCUCUUGGAGGGUAUAUGUAUUACUACCAGCCAUGGAAUCAAGCAUCCGAGAUCUUCAGUAAUUUACAAAAAAGCAUAGAAGAUCUUGUUUCACCUUCAAAAGAAAAGAAAGCAUCACCUGAAACAAAAACACCAACAGAAACAAAGAAAGACAGUUAAAACGAUUCCAUACAGUGAUUUUUAUGUUUCUUGUAUCAUAUGUAUAUUAAAUGCUAUAUAAAGAG